GGAGCCGCUCCUGCCGCCGCCGCCGCCGCCUCCUCAUUCAUCCUCGUGCACCAUAGGCGGCACAGGCACCAAGAUGUCCAACCGAGUGGUCUGCCGGGAAGCCAGUCACGCCGGGAGCUGGUACACAGCCUCAGGACCGCAACUGAAUGCACAGCUAGAAGGUUGGCUUUCACAAGUACAGUCCACGAAAAGACCUGCUAGAGCCAUUAUUGCACCCCAUGCAGGGUAUACGUACUGUGGGUCUUGUGCUGCUCAUGCUUACAAACAAGUGGAUCCAUCUAUUACCCGGAGAAUUUUCAUCCUUGGGCCUUCUCAUCAUGUGCCCCUUUCUCGAUGUGCACUUUCCAGUGUGGAUAUAUAUAGGACACCUCUGUAUGACCUUCGUAUUGACCAAAAGAUUUACGGAGAACUGUGGAAGACAGGAAUGUUUGAACGAAUGUCUCUGCAGACAGAUGAAGAUGAACACAGUAUUGAAAUGCAUUUGCCUUAUACAGCUAAAGCCAUGGAAAGCCAUAAGGAUGAGUUUACCAUUAUUCCUGUAUUGGUUGGAGCUCUGAGUGAGUCAAAAGAACAGGAAUUCGGAAAACUCUUCAGUAAAUAUCUAGCGGAUCCUAGUAAUCUCUUUGUGGUUUCUUCUGAUUUCUGCCAUUGGGGUCAAAGGUUCCGUUACAGUUACUAUGAUGAAUCCCAGGGGGAGAUUUAUAGAUCCAUUGAACAUCUAGAUAAAAUGGGUAUGAGUAUUAUAGAACAAUUAGACCCUGUAUCUUUUAGCAAUUACUUGAAGAAAUACCAUAAUACUAUAUGUGGAAGACAUCCCAUUGGGGUGUUAUUAAAUGCUAUCACAGAGCUGCAGAAGAAUGGAAUGAAUAUGAGCUUUUCCUUUUUGAAUUAUGCCCAGUCAAGCCAGUGUCGAAACUGGCAAGACAGUUCAGUGAGUUAUGCAGCUGGAGCACUCACGGUUCACUGAAGCUCUGAAUCCUCAGGGAUGCCACCUGCACAUACUCAUACUCUGUCCAGGGUCCCAGCCUAACCCUUACCAAGAUACUGGUCCUGGUUUGGGGGGAUUCUGAAACCUCAAACUAAUGGAACUUUCUUCUCUUCUUUUCUAGUAGGUGUAGUCCUUCCUUAAUUUCAACUCAUUAAAAAAAUGCUUUAUAGUUUAGAGCAGUGGAAGGAAGGCUGGCAUCAAAAUAUUUUGAUCAAAAAAAAAAAAAGGCAAUGUAAAGGCACAGUUGUGGCAGUCAGUUUUUUGAAAGUUAACUUGUAAAGCAUUUACCAUAUCCUAAAUUUGCACUCUUUGCAGACUUGUGCACAUAUACUCCGCUUUCAGAAUAGUUUUGCAAAUUGUACACAAACAAACGAAAAGGGUGGAAGCUUUUUAAUAAAGAAAUUGCAUUUAUAAAUGAUCUGUAUUAGAAUAUAAAAAUCUCCAGUUAUAGUCAAUUACUACCCGUGUUGUACAACAGAUACCUUCUAUUUUAGUUGCUAAUAAAGGGCUACACAACUCAAAAUAGUCUGAUUUAAACUUAUUGCUCUGUGGUACAUAUGAAAAUUGUUUUUUAUUAAUUCCAUUUCAGAAUUUUUAUGUUAAAAGUGGUAAACUUUAGCUCUUAUGUAAAAAUAUGUUAGGAUGUAUUUUUAUAUUUUACAUAUUUAUGUGAUUUUUUUAUCACAGAUAUUAGAAUCAUAUUUUAAAGUUAGCUUUUAAAAUUACAUACAGUUUGCCUUUUUAUGUGUGACAUCACUUUGUGUCAUUACUGUAUUAUAACGCAAUAUAAAUUCAAGAUUGGUAAAGAACAUAGGUGUAGUCCUGUAAUUCAGAGAUAGUGCUUGAUAGGCAGUAGUCUGCAAAUGAGGAAAUACUGAAGAAUGUUCUUAGUGGUUUUCAAAUCAUUGCAGACCAUACACUGCUGCUAUGCUUUUUUAGUGCUUCAAGCAAUUUGACUCUCUUACUUGAAUUUUUAGCAAGAAGUCAUUAACAGUAACAAAAAACCACUGGAUUUUCUUACAGUUCUACAAUUUUUUUUGUCAUGAUUUUUGGUGCGGCUCUUCCAACUAAAAUAAUGGUAUGGUGUUGUAUUUCUUCCUUUAGCAUAGACCAAUCGUAGUCACUUUGGCAAAAAAAAAAAAAGUUAAUUCAAUUAGUUAAUAUGGGCCAUCAUGUAUGUACUAGAUUAUACCUAUUUUAAUAUAACAGUGGGUAUUAUUACAUUGGAGAGCAUUUAUAUCUUCAGUGUUAUGCCAGAAUAGCACAAUUUUUAGAUGCCUUGCACCAAUUUUACUUAAAGAUUUGCAUUUCUUACUAAAUACCAACUUUCUAUACUCAAGAACUGAGAUAAAAUACUGUAAUCUUUUGGAUUCAAAAUUACCCACCAAUCCAUAUGUGGAAAUUAUAUUCUUACAUAUUAGUGAUUUAUUUCCCAUCAUUCAGAUAUACUUUUGAGUACUGUAAAUAUUUAUUCCUUAUUUAUUAUAGAGACUAUAAAAAUUUCAAAAUUGACUACAGAGUACAUUUUUAAUGUUUUCUGGGUAUAAAACUAAUUACAUGAUUAUUACAGAAAAUUUAGAAAAUGCUGAUAGCUAUAAAGAAGAGAAAAAAAAUUACCUGCAAUCUCACUAUUCAGAGAUAUACACUGUUAAUAUUUUUUGUAUUUCCUUUCGGUCUUUGUCUAUGCUAUUUAUAUGUAUGAGUGUGUAUAUGUGUUUGUGUGUGUGCGUAAUAACAAAAUUGAGAUUAUGCUGAUCAUAUAGUUGUAUAUCCUACUUUUUAUAACUGACCAUCAUAAGUACUUCCCCAUGUCUUUGAAAAUGUGAUUUUUAGAAAUGGCUGCCUACUAUUCUAUUGUAUGAAUACAACAUGAUUUAACCAGUUCUCUCUUUGGAUAUUAGAUUGUUUCUAAUGUUUGACAACUAUAAAUAAUAGUGGGAUGGACAUCUUUGUAUGUGAAAUUUGAAUUCUAUAUUAGACUAGUUCUUUAGGAUAUAUUCAUGGGAAUGGGAUAAUUGGUUUAGAUGGUGAGAACUUUUUAAGCUCUUUAAAAUAUGACCAAGUUAUCCUUCAGAAAGAUUGUACCAAAUUAGCAGUUUAUGAGUACUCAUCAUACUGCCGCUUUUCCACUAUUAUUUUUUCUAAUCGUUGACAAUUUGUUAAGCAAAUAAUUGGUUGUUCUUUUGAUCAUUCUAUUAAGAGUGGCUUUAUAAUGAAUUAUUUUUUUCCCUUCUGUAAUUUUAUAGUUAAUUGAUUAAUAAAAAACACAAGAGGGUUGGUAGGUUGAGUGGGCUAUAGCCCUCUGAGUAUGUUUACUGUACAUUUAAAUCUCCAAAGUACUUCAACAUCACUUUACUUUAUCCUGGAAUAUGAGCUAUCUUUCUUAGUCAUAAAGUAGAAAGAGUUCCAAACUGAUAGUUAAGUGUUGGGUUCUGGAUCUGCCUCUGCCACUAAUUAUUUGUCUCACCAUAAAUAUUUCAUGUUGUAUCAAAACUUUAACUGUAAAAUGUAGAGGUGAUCUUUUAAGCACUUUCCGGUUUCAAAGUACUUUGAUCUUGUGAUUUUGCUCUUUAGAGAUUCUAAUGUCAUUUAUGUUUAAAAAACUACAUGGUUGAAUUGGAUUAGAAGUAUUAUCUUUUGAUUUCAACUCUACAUACAUGAAAACGAAAGUCCUUUUUUUAAUACAAAAGGGAAAUUAAUUUGCAUUACUUAAUGCAGUUAAUAGUACCUAAAUUGUUGAACUUAAGCUUUCCUGCUUUAAGUGCCUUUAAAAGUAUUUUUAUUUGAAAUAUAAAAUGUAAAGGAAAUUUUAUGUAGUUCUAUACAGUUUCUUUUUUUUGAUAUACUUUUGAGUUAUUAGCAGCAACUUUUUUUUAAACCUUAGAUUGCACAGAGCAGUAUAUUCAUGGAUUCUUCAUUAUUCGGGUAAUGAGUCCUUGAGAAAUGUAUGUUAAAGAUUAGCUCAGUGAGCAGGUAAGUAAAUGCUCUCUGUCUUGGGUGGGCAACAAAUCUUUUAUACAGAGUAGGGAUAAAGGAUUAUUCAGAUUCCAGUGUUUAGAUAUUCCAAUGGAGAUAGUAGGUGUCCUGAGUUAGUUAAUGGUUAUUAUUGCAGAUCUCAAAUUUUUCUUUGGUAGCAAAUAGUUCAUUAUCGUAGAUUAGAGGUUGGUAAAUGUUUUGUGUGAAGGGCCACAUAAUAAAUAUUUUAGGUUUUUCAGGCCAUCUAGUCGCUCCACCGCUAUUCACUUUUGCCAUUGUAACACAAAUGCAGCCAUAGACAAUGUGUAAAUGAGUCAUUGUGGCUGUGCUUCACUCACACUUUAUUUACACAAAAAGAUGGUGAGCUGGAUUUGGUCCAUAGGCUGUAGUUUGCUGUCCUAGAUGGUAUAGUUCACUUGUAGUUCAAAUUACUGGCUAGUAAUUUAAACUGCAACAAAUGGUUGUGAGUUUCUGUCAUUCCAGCCCUCUCUUAAUUUGAUGUAGUCUGGCUGGCUGGGUUUGAAUGUUAUUUAGGAUUAUAAAGGUAAGUGGGAAGUGGGUAUGGGAAACUAGAAACUAUUAGGGAAAAAAGCACUUUGAAGCCCUUUUAUUUGCUAGAGCCCAUUAGAGUUUUGCUUUGCUGCCAUAGUUAAUCAAAAGAGUGAUGAGUGGAGGUUGUGAUUGGUGGUUGCAGAUUAUAUAAAUUAUUCUUAAGCACUUGGCUACCUAGAUGAUAGUAGAGGGUGGAACAGAUAAGAGAAAUUGUGAAAUGUGACUUUAUUUUGCCAUAUAAAGAAAGACUGUUGGAAAAAUAACUACCAUCUUCCAUCACCAUCACUUUGUUUAAGACCCCCUCAAAUUCCUCCCAUAUUUAGGAAGGACAUAAACUUAGGAUAAAAGAGAGUUAUUUAAGUUGAAUGACUUUAAGUUGAUGGAAAAAUUGCUCCACCUGUUCUUUUCUCAUCUACUCUGUAUCACUGAAAAUUUCAUCAAGGAGUAGUAUCAGUCCACAGACUGGCAGUUGGAAAGUGCUGUGAUACAGUUGCUGAAAGAUCUAAUGUAGUUAUAAAAUUAUUAUUGAUAAGGAGAUGUAGUAAACCACAUGUACUCUGAUAUUCAGACUAAAACUUUUAUAUUAUUGUGUUAAAUUGUAAGUGCCACAUAUCAAAAGUGACAUUGUGAAGUAUAGUGUUCAUAAGGAGGCAGACUGAAAAUUGUAAGCGCCACAUACCAAAAAUGACAUUGUGAAGUAUAGUGUUCAUAAGGAGGCAGACUGAAUGUUGAAAGUCUUGAGUGGGAUGCAAAGAAAUUGGUGAUACUUAUUUUGGAGAAAAUAAGUUUAAAGAGAGGGAGUUUUCUUCAGAUAUUUGAGUGACUGCCAUGUGUAAGAAGGAAUAGAAUUGUUCUGUCUUGUUCUAGGUGGAAAAAUUAAUUAUAAGAAAUGGAAGUUUCUGGUUCCACAUUUAAGGAGAAUUAUGUGUAUGAGAAUUUCUACAUGAAAAUCAGCUCUGUCCUCAUAAAAUCAUUGGAAGUAUUCGCACAAAAGCUAGAUCAGUGGUUCUCAAAGUAGGAGCCCUAUACUAUCAGCAUCAGCACCACCACUGGGGUAUAUUACCUGUGUAGACCUGAAAUUAUGGAUCACCAAGCUGAAAAAAAGCUAAUGGAAUUAGUAUAAAUAAAAUGGAACUUAUUUCAUUUGUAUAAAACUGUUAAGGGAAAUCAUUUUUAAAUAAAAACUGAUUUUGAUCAUUUAACACUAACUUUCAACAGAGAUUAUAAAUUGAUGAUUGUUACUUAAUUGUUAGUGAAAGUGACUUAGCUUUCCUAAAUCUAAAACAGAGCUAUAUCAGUAUCAGAAAAGGGUAUUGAGGGAGCUUGCUCUUUUUAUAUUAUAUUAUUUUAAUGUCAAAAUAUUGGGAGGGGAACCAAGAGCAGCUGGCAGAUAAGUUUUCUCUGCGCUUUUCCUCUUUUCCUAUGCUGUAAAUAUGACCGAGUGGCAUGUCACAGUAUUACAUUGACCAUGCUAUAUACAUUUGGUAAAAGUAAUGCUGGUAACUGGAACUUCUGCCUUUGUAACGUAAUUGUUGUGUAUGGAGUUUGUUUGCCUAUCCUAAGUUAAUUGACAUGUUCUGUUUUUUGGGUCCUCUGUGAAGAACCGUAGAGUUUUACAUUUGUCAUUUGUUCGAGGGUUCUCCAGUGGUCACAGAGUGGUUUGUACCCAGGGCUUAUCACAUUUACAGUGUUUGUAUUUAAUUCUAAUGCAAGGUUUUGGCCAUCACCCUAGAAAAAUAAUGGAAAAAAUUUAAAGCCAGUUCUCCUAAUUUUGAAAGCCAUAUAAUGCAAUUGGUUUUUAAAUUGUACACUAUAUUGAAAUGUAUAUUUCAUACUGUAUAAAGUGAGGUUUGUAAUUUUACUAGAUACAGUCCUAUUUUUUUCCUAUCAGCCUAAUAAGGAAACCAAAGAGAAUGUUAUUAACUUAUUCAAGGCCAAGUGUAUUCAGCUAUGAGUAAGACCUUAGUUCUGGUCUUUAAGUCUGCCAAUGUAAACUUUGGAAAAUAUUUUAAUUUUUGUGACCACAGUAUUCUCUGAAUUACUUACUGAAUGUGAUAUUAUAUACAUUUAAGUAAAAAAUAUUAAAGCAAGAUGAAAACUAAGAAAAUUAGAAUGACAUGUGAAUGACAUCAUAUAAAUGACAAGACUGAGUUUUGUGAGUUUUAAAAUUAAAUACCUAGACUGUUGAACUAGAUUUAAUAAAAUAUUUUUACCUUAACAAUUUUAUAAAUGGAAAUUCUUUUCUAAGAAGUUUUUUUUUCCAUUUAAAAUUUACCCAUUUAAAUCUAGCACAUAAGAGACUUCAGUUGGUAUUGGUUCAACUUUGAUGAAUUGAAUUUUAAAGCAAGGAGAACAAAAGGCAAUCUUUAUAUGAAGUGUUUUCUAAAGGACAGGAAAACAAACCUUUUAACUGGAAGCAAUUUUUAAUUGGCUUUUUCCAUGUUCAGUUUUUGAUUGUGGAAACCAGCUUCCUUAUUAAUUUUAAAAGAUGGUAGAAUUUAAUAUUCCUAGACUCUAUGUAAUGCCAAAUGAAUGAUAAUAUAAGUGAUCUGGUAAAUUUGAAACCAUUGGCCCAUGAUUCUUAGCUUAUAUUUUAUAAUAUCCUAUGGUGUUUACUGUUAUUUAAAAGUGUUACAGAGUUUUUAAAACAGCUAAUUAAACUGUGUUUUAGCUGUUUGUCCAAUGACAUGUCUAGCCAACUCUCAAGUAAAAAGAUGUUUUGAGGUGCUAGAAGCUUUGCACUGGAAUCCAUUUUCAGCUUUGCCAGUGAGUUGCUACUGAUUUGCUGGAACAAAUCAUUGGUCUUUCCUAGAGCAGAGUUUAUCUCUUUAUUAAUGUGUGUUAGAAGUGAAUAGUAUGACUCCUAAGGGCCUUUCCACCUUUGACUUUUUAUGAUGAUAAUAAAAAUACCUUAUUAUUUAAUAUAUUGUACUUUUAACAUAUUGUAAUUUAAAAAAAUAUGUUUCACACCUUUUUCUUUUCUCUUAGUCUCAACAAUAAGUAGGCCAGACGUUACUGUAUUUUUACUGAUAGAGACUCCGAGGCCCAUACAAAUAACAUGACUUAUAUAAGUUUGCAUGGCUAGUUAGUAUGAAGAGCUAGCAAGAAUUCAGCUCUUCUAAUUUUUAGUCUUGUGUGUUACAAAUGCUAUACCAUAUUAUUAUUCUAUGUUUUGUUUUUGGUGCUGGCUCUUUGAGAUAUCAUAUUGAAUUCAAAUAGUAAUGGGUUUGUGCAACUUUAGUGAAAAUGGGAAUGAUUCAUGUAAACAUCUACUUUGAUUAAUUCAGGCAAAAAUAGAUUUUUUUUGGUGGAUUAAAAUACUCCUAAUAACUGCAGACUUCUGUUCUCUUUGCUGGGAGGUUUACUUUUAGACCUCAAAAUUCUGUGCUAUUGCUUGCAUCGUUAAAAAUGCACUUCUUCUUUGUAAUGCGACUGUGACAAAAAAUGAAUUUAAGUUUUGUGAUUUCUGAUGGUGAGACUUUGCAGCAGACACUCUCACCAUUCCAGUUCAUGCAUUAACGUGUCCUGCAAGCACCUGCGACUCUGCCUUGGAUUUUCUCACCUGCACACAGGGCAGACUGGAAGUGCUAGGAAGAUAAUCUUCUGGGAGCAUCCCUCAGCCAGUGAUAGAUGGGAAUCGGAGAAUAAUUAUUCCAGCUUCCUUGCCCUUCUGGUAAUACUUUGAGGCGUGUUUCAUGUUGUUUCCUAGAGUUUCCAGUGGGGCUGGACCUCAUUGCCCACAACAGGAGACUGUUAAAUAUGCAUUCUUUAUUUUCUUCCUCUUCUUCUCUGUCUCACUUCUCAUUCCUUUAACAAUGUUUUCUGACAUUACCUCCCAAAUGAGAUUCUUGUCUUUGAAUCCUGUCUCAGAGUCUGUUUCUGGGGUAAACUAAAACAUGUUUGAUUUGGGAAAUAAGUUAUUACUAGUGUUCUUGUUAGAUAUGAAAGAUUUUUUUUUAAGGCAAUUAUUUUGAACAAGAUCUAAAACAAGUAUUUUAAUAUUCUGAUUCUUUAAUUAGUCUCAUAAUCACAUCCAUGUUCAAAUUAAUUUCCUUAGCUUCAUUUCCUAACAAAGGAAAGAUUCAAGGUAAAACUCUUAAGUAGAAGUUCAGGGUAAAUAUCUUAUGUGGAAAUCUUUCUACCAUAUCUUUUUGUCCUUCUAAAAAAAGUUAUGGCCUGAUUUUCCAAAUGCUUUAUAAGGACACACUGGGUUAUCUAUUUUGGUAGAAAUUGAAUUAACAUGGAAUUUGGUUCAGCCAACAUUAUAGAUUAUUUUCUACUUGAAUCCAGCCUUCUCAUCUCUUACCAGGACCUGCUUAUUCACAAUCCGUGACCAGGAUUAGCCUUGCUGAACGUUGAUUGUAAGGAUAAAUUUAGUUCCUGGCUAAUUUCCCCAAAGAUUGCUCUGUGGUCCUUGUUAACUCAAAACUUUUUCUGAUUUAUUAAAGAUUAAGAAUAUGGAGUUUUAAAGUUGAAUAAGCGCUAUGUUAAAUUCAGUGUAUUGUAAGUACAUCUUUUGUAGUUCUUGGAUACCUUUUUUUUGAACUAGAAAUAAUGAUUUUUAUAUGUUUUUAAAAAAAUUGAUGUGGGAGAUUUGUAUUCCUUUUAGGUAUAUGUUAGUUAUCAGUCUUCUUUUUUCCAUGUAAAAAUUGUGUUUGUAUGUCUGAAAUGUAUUCUCUAUUGAUUUGGUUUAUGCGAUGGAACAUGCAUGAAUUUAACCAAGUUUAUAGUUCUAUUUAUAGGGCCAUCCUAAGAUUAGCACGCACAGAUAUUUUUCCAUAGGAAAAAACAAAACAUUUAAAGAAUGUAUUUUAAUUAGUUAUCCUUUUUGUAAAGUAACAUCUUUAAACAUUUGUAUUUUUUUUAAGCAAAAAUACCAGAGAGUGUAUACAGAGUAUUUUCCCUCAAUGCAGUUGCCUUGUGGUAACUUCACAUUCUGCCAUGUUCUUUUGAAUAUAUGACAGGGCGUUUAUUGACCUUUGAGGUUACAUUUGUCUGUUAGAAAUGUUCAAAGGUCAGCUGGGUGAUUAAAUUGGAUAAUAUGGUCUAGGGGGAAAAUAGUUACAAAGGAGUAAGUCUGACUUUCUCCUGGGACCCAUCAAACUGGUCUAAAGUGGAAACUGUCUCCUCAGAAUCUCUGCAGUGGCAUAUUGGAAAAAGCUUGUAGUCUAUUAAAGUAACUAUUCAUUUGUAAAUAUAAGUUCUGUUAUUUCAAAAACAUUAAUCUUGUUAUUUUUUAGACAUGUUACUUCCCAACAACUAACUAAUUUAUUAUCAAAUCCAGUCAAGGCUUUUGGCAUUUCAAAUAUCUCAAUAUGAUAGAUUGAAAAUUUGGAGUAAGAACCGGAGAUGAUUUUUAAAAUGUGUCAAGAAGGCUGUCCCCUUUCCUGAACACUAAAUAUUUUGUGUAAGGAAUGUUAGAUCAAAAAUGUGAAAUAUCUUUUUACAGUCUUUACUGGAAGCUGAUUCUUUGUGCUAAAUGUGAACAAUCUCAUGAUAACUUGAUGUAAAACAAGCUUGAAAAAUUGUCUCUUUUCAAAAGUUCACAUAUUUUCCAUCACCAGUAGGCCCUUAUGCAAUACCUCUGUACUAAGUAUUCAAGUACAACCUGGACUUUUUAAGGUUUAAAAAGUGCUCCCUGCCUACAUUAAUGUUAAGUACUUGUAUUUAACAAUGUUAUAUUUCUGAGUGUUUGUUAAUUUGAUGAAUCUUACAGUGUUAGUCUGUUCCUGAAAGUUCUACUUGGUACAGUUGUCAGAGAAAAUUAACUUGGAUGAAACAAUGAUGCAUGUUUUAAUAGUUAAAAUAUUUUAAAAUUUCUAUUUAAAAAGUAGAUCUCCAUAAUUGACACAGAUAAUUUUGUAAUUUCUGGUUCUUACUGUUUUUGUGUUAGGAAAAUAUUGUACCUUGCAGUGCUUGAUUUACAUUUUUUGCUGUUUGAAAAAUCUUCACAUUUAUUGUCUCAACAAAUAAUUUUUAACUAAAUGUUUACAUUAUUGAAUGAGGGAAGUUGAACCAAUUGUUAUUACUAAAACUGGUCUAAAUUUAGGUCUAGUGUUUUGCAUUAGGUUUGUGAUUGAAUAUCUGAAGGAUAUCAGUUUCCACUCAGGUAUUUACAUUAGAAUUGAUAUUGGAUUCAAAAUUGCUUGAUUGUAAUUUACAUUUUAAGUGUAAUGUAGAGGUUUUGCAUUAUUAGUGUUGUUUUAAAUUUCUACCUUCAUUUAGGCUUGUUUAUAAAAUGCAGAUUAAAAAAAUUUUUAGCUAAUAGAAAUUUAGGUAAAUGUACAGUAUUUAAAUCAUUAGUAAUUUAUUACUUGAACUUUUGUUCCUUUCGUUCAGUGUGUGAUAACAGCUUUUAUGUGGUACAACUACAUUUCCUUUUUUUUUCAUUGAAAUUUUACCUCUUUAACUGAAGUUAUAUCUGUCUAUAAUAGCUUCAGGUUUCUGUAACCAACUCGUAGAUGAUUGAAGUUACUCUUGAUAUAAAAUGAAUUAUAAAAAUUAUUUUUAGCAAAAUUUUAUAGUAAUUUCAAUACCACAUGGUAGCAAAAAGCUAUCUGGUUAGAAUCUUUAGCUUUUCUUGUUAGUUUCUAUCCUAUUAUUUUCCCCUCCUUAAAAAAAAAAAGUCUACAUUGCCAGUACCUUCUCUACAAUUUAAGGAAAACUACAUAUUUGAAAGUGGAGUUAUUUUCACUGAAUUUUAGUCUUUCUGCCCAAGAUGAGCAGCACUGUGAUAGGGAGCUAUACUUCUCUCUCUUAUAACAGAGUUUGCAGCACUUAAUAUUCUUAAAAAAUAAACCUUUACCAAAUUUUGUACUUAUUUGCAGAUCAGCCUAGGAACACCCUCAAGAAAGCAACAGUGGAUUGUGUAGCAAAAUAGAGAUGCUGAGAUUACUGAGCUUGGGGAUUUUAUCAUGUUCACUGAAGAAUAAUAGUCUUUCAAAUAAAGAUAAUGAGGUUUAUAUAAUAAAUGGAAAAUAAUAUGAAUAGUCAAAAUAUUGUUUAAAAAAUUUAAACCCUUUUUAAGGCAAACUAAAUUGGUUAUUCCUAGGAGUAUCUGUCUUUCAUCUGUUAUUCCUAGGAGUAUUUGGGAACUAAAGCAGUAAAUGCCAAGUUUUAUCUGUUUCUCUCCCCACUUUUAGUUAAUUGAUACAAGUAAUUCAACAGUAGUAUUACUGGUUUAAUUCUAUAAUACUUGUUAUCCCCUAACGUUUAAAAAGACAUUGCCUCAGUCCCUAAAGUAAUCUACAGAUUCAACACAAUCACUAUCACAAUCCCAGCUGCCCUUUUUUGUAGAUUUUGACAAGUUGAUGCUAAAACUUAUAUGGAAAGGCAAGGGACCUAAAAUAGCCAAAACAAUCUUGAAAAAGAACAAAACUGGAAGACUCACAUUUCCUGAUUUCAAAACUUACUACAAAGCUACAGUAGUCAAGACAGGGAGGUACUGGCAUGAAGAUAGACAUAUAGAUCAAUGGAAUAGAACUGAGGGUCUAAAAAUAAAUCCUCAUGUAUGAUCAAUUGAUUUUCAAGAGUGUAAAGAUAAUUCAAUGGGGAGAGAAUAGUCUUUUCAACAAGUGGUGCUGGGACAACUAGAUAUCCACAUGGAACAAACGGAAAAAAAAGACAAACUGGACUUCAUCAAAAUUUAAAACUUUUUUACAUCAAAGGACAUCAUCAAGAAAAUAAAAGAACCCAGAGAAUCGGAGAAAAUUUUGCAAUCACACAUCUGGAAAGGGACUUGUAUUUUAUAUAUAUAUAAAUAACUCACAACUCAAAAUGAAACUCAAUUUAAAAACGGGCAAAGGAUCUGAAUAGACAUUUCUCCAAGGAAGUUGUACAAAUGGCCAAUAAGCAAAGAUGCUUACCAUCAUUAGACAUCAGGGAAAUAAAUGCAAAUCAAAACCACAAUGAGAUACUAUUUCACACUGGGCUGGCUAUAAUAAAAAAGAUAGAUAACAUGUGAGCAAAGAUGUGGAGAAAUUGGAGGCUUUGUGCAUUGCUGGUGGGAAUAUAAAAUGGUGCAGCCCCUUUGGAAGAUAGUCUGGCAGUCCCUUAAAAAGCUAAGCAGAGAGGUAUCUUAUGAUUGACCCAGCAGUGCUACUCCUACCUACAUACCUAAGAGAAAUGAAAACGUGCCUGCACAAAAAGUUUUACAUGAAUGUCCAUAGCAGUAUUAUUCAUAUAAAACCCAAAAAGUAGAAAUCAACUGCUGAAUGGAUAAAAUGUAGUAUAUUCAUAGCAAUGGAAAGGAAUGAAAGACUGAUACACUCUACAACAUGGAUGAACCUUGAAGACAUCAUGCUAAGUGAAAAAAGCCAAUUAUAAAAGACCAAUUACAUGACUCCAUUUAUAUUAAAUGUCCAGAAUAGGCAAAUCUUUAGAGACAGAGAGACGAAGGAGAUGAUAACUAAAGAGCACAGGUGGCACUUCCCUGGUGGCGCAGUGGUUAAGAAUCUGCCUGCCAAUGCAGGAGACAUGGGUUUGAGCCCUGGUCUGGGAAGAUCUCACAUGCCGUGGAGCAACUGAGCCUGUGCGGUAGAGCCUGUGAGCCACAGCUACUGAGCCCACAUGCUGCAACUACUGAAGCCUGUGCACCUAGAGCCUGUGCUCCACAACAAAAGAAGCCACCCCAAUGAGAAGCCCACACACCACAAUGAAGAGUAGCCCCCACUAGACGAACUAGAGAAAGCCCACAUGCAACAAUGAAGACCCAAUGCAGCACCCCCCCAAAAAAUAAAAAGCACAGGUGUUCUUUUAUGGGGUGAUAAAAUUGAUUUUGGUGAUGGUUGCUUAAGUCUGUGAAUAUACUAAAAACCAUUGAACUGUUUGAUUUAAAUUGAUGAUCUGUAUGGUAUGCGAAUGAAGCUGCUAAUGUUAAUAAAGCUGUUGGAAAAAAAAAAGAUUACCUCUAAGAUAAAACAUGGUGAUGUGAAGAAAGAUACUGAUCUGUAUCCGUUCUUCUUUUCUCUUUAUUGUAUUUUUGUUUUCCUGUAUAUUGAAAACAACGACGACAGCCUACUUUUGUAGUCCUGAAGAGGCUGCUUUAACCUGGGAGAAACUUUUUCAAGAUAGCUCACAACCUGUGGCUUCUGGCAGUAGGUAAUCUAUUCAUUCUCUUGUAUCCUUAGGCUUGACUUUUGGUUUUUUUUUCGUUUUUCCCUACAAUUCAUUUUUUUUAAAACAUCUUUAUUGGAGUAUAAUUGCUUUACAGUGGUGUGUUAGUUUCUGCUUUGUAACAGUGCAUCAGCUAUACAUAUACAUAUAUCCCCAUAUCUCUUCCCUCUUGCGUCUCCCACCCUCCCUAUCCCACCCCUCUAGGUGGUCACAAAGCACUGAGCUGUUCUCCCUGUGCUAUGCAGCUGCUUCCCACUAGCUAUCGGUUUUACAUUUGGUAGUGUGUAUAUGUCCAUGCCACUAUCUCACUUUGUCCCAGCUUACCCUUCCCCCUGCCUGUGUCCUCAAGUCCAUUCUCUAGUAGGUUUGCAUCUUUAUUACUGUCCUGCCCCUAGGUUCUUCAUGACCUUUUUUUUUAGAUUCCAUAUAUAUGUGUUAGCAUACGGUAUUUGUUUUUCUCUUUCUGACUUACUUCACUCUGGUAUGACAGUCUCUAGGUCUAUCCACCUCACUACAGAUAACUCCCUUUCGUUUCUUUUUAUGGCUGAGUAAUACUCCAUUGUAUAUAUGUGCCACAUCUUCUUUAUCCAUUCAUCUGUCGAUGGAUACUUAGGUUGCUUCCAUGUCCUGGUUUUUAAUGGAGAGUGGAACUCAGGAGAUAAUACCCAGCAGCCCCAUGUUUGUGUGCAGGAAUGGUGUUAGGCAUGUUCUCUAACUGUACUUGUGGUCUCAGAUGCUUUUUUGUGGUCCCCUCCAAGGACCUUUCCAUCCCUCCCACCCCCCAAAAAAGACCCCACCAGCAACGACCCCCUUCUUGCCCCUUUUCCCUCACUCCUUUACUGUUUCUCCCUCUUCCUUCAAUGAAACACAUCAAGGAAAAUAGGACCUUAUAAGUAUGCGAUUGCUGUAUUUCAUAUUCUUAAUUAGCACGCAUAAAUUUAGCAUUAUCUCCUAACAGGCAUUCUUACCAUUAGUCAUGCUCCUUUAGUUCAUUGUCCUUCUAAAUAUUAGUGUUAGUUUGGGUAGCCUUGAAGUGUAUUUAAUAUAAGGAAAAGGGUGAAGGGAAGAAAUAACCAUUUAUAAAGUUACUGGAUUUCAUUGCUAGUGGUAAAUAAUGUUUUAAUCUUUUGCCAAAUGAACAACACCUUUUAAAAGGAAAGGAAAAAAAUUUUAUGCAAAUGUUUGUAAACAUGUAUGUAAAUAUGUUGUUUUCUUACAAAAAUCAUUAAUAAAAAUGGAUUUUUAGUUUCUUCUUGAA